GAGACUACAAGAGGCCGAGUCUGGGUCAGAACGCUUCACAAGGUGGACAGGAUGAGGUCUGUUUGGUUGCUGUUGGUGUUCGCGGCUCUUGCCGCCGCCGAGACGCUUUUCUCUGGCGAUCAGGUUCUCAGGAUCAAUGUGGAGACAGAAGAACAGAUCCAACAACUGCAGGGUCUGGAGAAGAAAGAGGAGUGGGAGCUGGAUUUCUGGCUCCACCCCGUCUCCACCGACGUGCCCGUUGAUGUUCGAGUCCCGGCGUCCCACCUGGCCGCCGUGAAGCAGCACCUGGACGCCAGCGGCAUCACCUUCACCGUGAUGAUCCAGGACGUGCAGGAACUCCUGGACGAGGAGAAAGCUGAGAUGGAGGUGAACGAGCUGAGGGAGAGAAGCACCAAGAGCUUCAACUUUGGAGCGUAUCAUCGCGUGGAGACGAUCUACAGCUGGAUGGACACGCUGGUGGCUCAGUACCCCAAACUGAUCACCAAGCAGGAGAUCGGCCGGUCCUACGAGAACCGGCCCAUGUACGUGCUGAAGUUCAGCACCGGUGGCACCAACCGACCCGCCAUCUGGAUGGACACCGGGAUCCACGCCAGGGAGUGGGUUUCCCAGGCGACGGGGGUGUGGACGGCCAACAAGCUGGCGUCGGAGUACGGCAGCGACGCCUCGGUGACCUCCCUGCUGGACAACAUGGACGUGUUCAUGCUGCUCCUGGCCAACCCCGACGGCUACGCCUUCACCCACGCCGGGAACCGCAUGUGGCGCAAGACCCGGUCCAUGGUUUCGGGCUCCAUGUGCCGCGGCGUGGAUCCCAACCGGAACUGGGACGCCGGCUUUGCUGGGCCCGGGGCCAGCAGUAACCCCUGCUCCGAGUCCUACCACGGCCCGUCUGCCCACUCCGAGGUGGAGGUGAAGAACGUGGUGCAGCUGAUCAAGAGCCACGGAAACUUCAAGUCCUUCAUCUCCGUCCACGCCUACUCCCAGCUGCUCAUGUACCCCUACGGAUACACCUGCCGCGACGUGCCCCACGCGGCCGAGCUGGAUUCUGUUGGCAGAGCAGCCGUCCAGAAGCUCACGUCCCUCUACGGCACCCGGUACCGCGUUGGGAGCAUCUGCAAGGUCAUCUACCAAGCCAGCGGUGGCAGCAUCGACUGGUCCUACAACUUGGGCAUCAAAUACUCCUAUGCUUUUGAGCUGAGGGACACCGGUCGCUAUGGUUUCGUGCUGCCAGCGCAGCAGAUCAUCCCCACCGCCUCGGAGACCUGGCUGGCCCUGAAGCACAUCAUGGAGUACGUCCGGGACCAUCCUUACUGAUGGCUGCGCAAUCCUGGAUGAAGGAUACGGUUCAAAACCAAUUAACUUAGCUUGUAUGAUCAAUAAAGACAUGAAACCAUG